AUGUCAGAACACCAGAAUGUAUGCGGUAGGGAUAGAAAAUGGGAAAGGGUACAGUGGAAUUUAAUUCAACCCUCUUUCCUCUCUUCCUUCUCACCCCAGGUUACAGAGCUGAAUGAGCCACUGUCCAAUGAAGAAAGAAACCUGUUAUCUGUAGCUUACAAUAGUAGCAUUGAGCAGAAGACCUCUGCUGAUGGUAACGAAAAGAAGAUCGAAAUGGUACGGGCCUAUCGUGAGAAAAUAGAGAAGGAGUUGGAAGCUGUAUGCCAAGAUGUCCUGAGCCUGCUAGACAACUAUCUGAUCAAGAACUGCAGCGAGACACAGUAUGAGAGUAAGGUCUUUUACCUAAAGAUGAAAGGGGACUAUUAUCGUUACCUGGCUGAGGUGGCCACAGGAGAGAAGAGGGCAACUGUGGUGGAAUCUUCAGAGAAAGCCUAUAGCGAAGCCCAUGAGAUCAGCAAGGAGCACAUGCAACCAACUCAUCCCAUUAGGCUUGGUCUGGCACUUAACUACUCAGUUUUCUACUAUGAGAUCCAGAAUGCUCCUGAGCAGGCAUGCCACCUGGCCAAGACGGCUUUUGAUGAUGCCAUUGCUGAGCUGGACACCCUCAACGAGGACUCCUACAAAGACUCAACGCUCAUCAUGCAGCUCCUUCGUGACAACCUAACACUCUGGACAAGCGAUCAGCAAGAUGACGAUGGUGGAGAAGGCAACAAUUAGACCCCCAAAUGGACU